AUGGCUAAUGAAGAAGUACUAGUAGGUUUUAGGUUCUCUCCAUCAGAGGAAGAAUUGCUCUCUUAUUAUCUUCCUAAGAAGCUGAACGGGUCCACACCCACCAUUGAUAGGGUUAUACCACUUCUCCCCAUCUACGACUAUAGUCCUUGGGAGCUACCACCAGAAUUGGCCGGAGAAUUGUGUGGUGGUGGAGAUAGAGAGGAAUGGUUCUUCUUCACCGCAAUGCAAGAAAGGGAAGCCCGCGGAGGAAGGCCUAAUCGCCUUACUGAGGCCGGAUACUGGAAAGCUACUGGCUCUCCUUGUGAUAUUUUCACCUCACAAAAUCUUCGAAUUGGGAGGAGGAAAACGAUGGUUUUCUACGUGGGGCGAGCUCCCCACGGCUCCAAAACUAUGUGGAAAAUGAAUGAGUAUAAAGUGUAUGAUCAGUCGUCUGCUGUUGCUAAUCCUCAGCUGAAGGAAGAACUCAGCUUGUGCAGAAUCUACACGAGAUCCACUUGCCCGAGGGCGUUUGGGCGGCGUCCUGCAGCGGCGCACCACCACCGUCAUUGUACUGAUCAUGAGGCUGUGAUAACAACUGAUCAUAAUCAGCAGAAUUCAGCUGUGGAAAAUGGACUCAAUUCGGAUAUGGAAACAGAAUUUGAACCCUUAGAUGAUUCGGAAAUACGAAUGUUGCUCGACUUUUUUGACAUAUGA